AUGGAGCUGACGGAGCAGCAACCUCAACCACUACCACAACCGAGGAAUCCUCGCAGUGGUGCACGUAUGUCGGUGCGUGCAGGGCAAUGGUCGGGAUCGCUUCCACCUUUGCCCCCAACUUAUCCAACAAUAACAGAGGACCAACAAAUGGGUGGACCCUCUAACGUUGAACCUGUUAUUAUGACACCUCAACAACCACCUAUGGGUUUUGAUAACCCUAUUCCUACAUAUCCAGAUAUGACUGGAUAUGAUACUUCCUACACGACGGCCCCUAUGGAUUUUAAUUAUCCGGCUCCGUCAUAUGACCCCUAUUUACAGGCGGUUGUUCAUACUGCCCUUUACCCGUCACCUUUUCCUCCUGCUUAUCCAAAUACUGGAUACCCUAAUUAUGGGUACCAGUAUCCCGUUGUUCCACAACCACAACCACAACCACUGCAACAACUUGAAUAUAUUAAUCAAGCCUUGGAACGAGCGGAACAAAUUCAACGACAGGCUGAAAAGAAUGAAUGA